GCCCUGUGAACGCACUAUGAGUAAGGAAUAAAGCAGUCAUCAUUCACGUCGUUGCCCGACCUAUUCUUGCUAUCUAAGAACCUGGAAAAUAGUAUACAGUGAUCCCUCAUUUAUCACGGGAGAAGUGUUCCAGAACUAUCCGCGAAAAUCAAAAAUCUGCAUAGUAGAAACGGUAUGUAUAUUAGUUAGAAAAAAAAUAACACAUUCUAUUGUGUUGAUUGAAGAAUCCACCCUGACUUCUGGUUUGUCACGUAGAGUGCGACGCCGGAGAGGCGACCUACAUUUUUACAUUUAUUUUUCUCGUUUCCCUCACACGCCUUUUACGUUUUCACUCAACUCUUGGGAGUUAACUAUUGUUUGUAAGCUGCAGACCAUCAAUCCUUGCCAUUUUGACCACGUCACUGCUCGGCUUUCAGCGGAACUUUGUGGCUGUCUGUCUCCCGUCGUUCACCGAACACGUAAGUAUGGCUUCAGAUCAACAGGUUUGUAAGGCUCCAUGCACCACCUGCACCCUUCUUUUAGAGAGGUAGUCCCUGCGCGAGGGGCGUGUCCGCCAGCUAGGGCAGAACAACUCGAUAACCGUAGAUGUGGCGGACACAAAAGCGGGCUGUAGGCCACCUGUUAGGAUGGGUUUGGAGUCUGUUAACUAGCGCUAGGGUUAACAUCAUCAAUCAUGCACGUUGCUCUUUGUGUAGACUAGAAUGUCACAGUUUGAAUAAUGCUACAGCAUACACUGACACUUUCUACUGAGGUAGUAGAAAAGUCUAGUUACUGCAGUUGUGUCUGACUUCAUAGGUGUGUCUGACUUCAUAAGUCAGAAGUUGGCAGAAGUGGAGUGCCCAAUGCAUGUCACUUCUCACUGUCAACCCUCACCGCUGGCUAGCAGUAUGUGAACGGGAGAGCCGAGUGCGUAAGUCUCUCCCUGCCAGUACAUAGCCUUUCUAACAGCAAGCCCUAUGUAGUUCCUCCACGCGGCGACACAUGGUAACUGGGUACAACACGGACCCAGGCUAAACUACAAGGGACUCGGAGGAGGUUUGGCCCCUAGACGUGCGGCACGCAGGCCCACCGGUGUGUGGACACGCCCUGGUGGCUACGAACCAGCCCCCAACUAUGGGUUAAAUAGUGCCACUGCCCAGUGGGCUCCUCGGGAGAGGAAUGGGCUAAGGGAGUCAACCCCUAAAGAAAAUCAAUUUCCCCUUGGGUUGGUGUCAGGAAGGGCAUCCGACUGUAAAAAUUUUGCUCCAAAAAUAUUCUCAAUAUGGCUAGACAAACACAGGAGAGGCGGGGUACAACCUUAAGUACUCCGUGGGCAUUUUCAUCAGCCUACGACAAAAAGAAUGAUGGAAAAGGAGGCCAAACCGCAGGUAGAUUAUAUGACGGCCACCAGCCCGAUGGACUGCGGGGAGGCCUGAACCGGAACAGAGAGGGGCAGGAGGCACGUGUUAGGGUGGCUACAUGGAACAUCGGCAGCAUGUCGCACCGAUCAGGGGAGGUGGUUGAGGCUCUACACAGGAGAAGGGUGGAUGUCUGCUGUGUCUAGGAGUCGAGAUGGAAGGGUGGAAGUGCAAGGAUGCUGGGUGAAAUCGGCAGAAGGUACAAGUUCUUCUGGCAAGGUUGCAACGAAGGGACUGGUGGUGUUGGAGUACUUAUUGCUGAAAAGUGGAUGGAUCAAGUGCUAAGCAUUAGCAGGUGAAAUGAGCGGAUCAUCUUUGUGAAGUUGAUCGUUGGGAAGCGCCUGAUAAACGUAAUUUCAAUCUAUGCCCCUCAAGUUGGCAGAAGUCAGGACGAGAAGGAUGCGUUCUGGGACAAGGCCAUCAUGGUGCUGUCAGGGAUCCCCCAGAAUGAGGUUAUAAUUCUGGGAGGUGAUCUGAAUGGACACGUGGGGAGGGAGUCAGAUGGCUUUGAGGGGGUACAUGGGGAACAGGGGUACGGCAUGCGAAACGCAGAGGGAGAGAGGAUCCUGGAGUUCGGCAACGCACUGGAGCUGGUGCUGUGCAACACGCUUUUCAAGAAGGACGAAGCCAAAUUAGUAACAUACAGUUCGGGUGGCUGCAAGAGCACAAUAGAUUACAUCAUGGUCAGAAAGGAAGACCGCGUCCUGGUCAGGGAUGCCAAGGCAAUCCCCGGAGAAGAGUGUGUGUCUCAGCAUCGCCUAGUCAUCGGAGACCUAACUCUGCGGAUCAAGAAGGUGGGGGCUAAGAAUCAUCCUCCCAAGUUGAAGGUGUGGAAGCUACAUAGCGGAGGGAAUAAAAACGAGUUUAGGGAGAAGAUUGAGCAUAUAGCAGAAGAAGUGGAGGAGAUGAUGGAGUCGGGUGGUGUGGAUGGCAAGUGGCAGGCAAUGAAGAAGGCUCUGCUUGAAGCCACAGAGGAGGUGUGCGGAUGGUCAAAAGGUAAAGCAAGACAAAGAGAGACAUGGUGGUGGAAUGACAGCGUCGAAAGAGCGGUGAAUGAAAAGAGGAGGUGCCAUAAAGUAUGGAAGAAAUCUAAAAGGGAGGCAGACCGAGCGCGGUAUGUAGAAGCAAGGAGGGCGUCACGGACAGCAGUGUGGGAGGCCCAAGAGACCAAGAGGAAAAAAUUUGCAAGUGAAUUGGAGAGGGAAGGAGGACAAAAGAGCUUCUUCAAGAUAGCGAAGCAAAUGGUUAAGGAGAGGCGUGAUGUGACCGGUGCAAACUGUGUGAAGGAUGAGGUUGGCAACAUUGUGACAGACAACAGAGGAGUGAAGGAAGUAUGGCAAAGGUACAUGGAGAAGCUGCUGAAUGUGGAUAAUGACUGGGAUGGAGAGGCGGGAUGCGACGAAGUGGAGGGUGAAUGUGGCUUGAUCACACAAACAGAAGUGGGGAAAGCCAUGAAGGCCAUGAAGGAUGGAAAGGCAGCUGGACCAUGUGGAGUGGUGGCAGAGAUGCUAAAGGCAGCGGGAGACGUCGGUGUGCAGUGGAUGACCGACCUGUGCGCGGAGGGGGGAAGGAAGGCCGCACCGGGAGGGGGUUGUCCCGAUAAUGGAUGGCUGUCUACAGUUAACGAUUUGGUGAGGGGUCCGGAACCGUGUAACGGGGGUCCGCUCCAGCAUGUGACUGUUUGGGCUGCCUCCGGGAGCGGGGAUGGCUAGUCGGUGGUUGUGUCAUCAGUGUCAUCGCUGAGGGGCACAUUCCGGAGGACUGGACAAGAAGCGCCCUGGUGCCUCUAUUCAAAGGGAAGGGGGACCCAUUCGCAUGCGGGUCAUACAGGGCCAUAAAGCUGCUGGAGCAUGGAAUGAAGCUAUUACAGAGGGUGUUGGAAAGGAGGGUGAGGUCACGGGUAGAGGUGGACGAGAUGCAGUAUGGCUUCAUGCCUGGUAAAGGUACAACAGACGAAAUUUUUGUCAUCCGACAGAUGCAAGAGAAACACCAGGAGAAGAGGAAGAGGUUGUACUUCACUUUUGUUGACCUGGAAAAAGCGUUCGACAGAGUGCCAAGGGAGGUGGUGAGGUGGGCCCUAAGGAAGUCGGACGUGGAAGAGGGACUGGUUAAGGCUGUGAUGGCUCUCUACUGCAGAGCUUGCACAGCUGUUAGAACAGGAGUUGGUGACAGUGAUGGGUUUGAAGUAAGGGUAGGGGUGCACCAGGGAUCAGUGCUCAGCCCAUUCCUGUUUGCUAUUGUGAUGGAUGUGGUAUCGAGGGAAGUGAGGGGUGGACUACCAUGGGAGCUACUCUACGCGGAUGACCUGGUAUUGAUGGCUCACAGUUGAGAAGACCUAGCUAGGAAGCUAGCGGCCUGGAAGACAUGCCUGGAAGUGAAAGGAAUGAAGGUGAAUGCAGCAAAAUCAAAGGUCAUGGUCGGUGGUGCUGGCCUGGGAGUGAUAUCGCAGUCAGGAGCAUGGCCAUGUGGAGUUUGCGGGAAGGGAGUGCAAACUAACUCUAUCCGGUGCAAGGCUUGUCAGAGAUGGGUACACCGAAGAUGCAGCGGAGUAAAAGGCAGCCUACUAGCUGCAAGUGAGACCUUCCAAUGCAAGCGGUGUAGGGGAGAAGUCGCCCAAGCAGACCCAGCUGAGCAAGAGGGGCUCGUGGUAGAUGGGGAGAUGUACGAGGUGGUGGACAGCUUCUGCUACCUUGGAGACAUGCUUAAUGCUGAUGGGGGGUGGACCUAGCAGUGACCACAAGGAUGAGAAGCGGGUGGAAGAAAUUCAUGGAACUCAUGCCCUUCUUAACAUCUAAGGCCCCAUCCCUGAAGAUGAGAGGCCAAGUGUACUCGGCCUGUGUCAGAAGUAGUAUGACGUACGGAAGUGAGGCAUGGGCCCUGAAAACAGAACACGAAGACAAACUAAACAGAGCAGAAAUGAGGAUGAUCAGAUGGAUGUGUGGUGUGUCAAUGAGGGAGGAAAAGACCAGUGCAGAGCUGAGAAAGAAGAUGGGAGUGGAGGCCAUAGUGGAUGUGGUGAGGAGAGGCAGACUGCGAUGGUACGGACAUGUGGUGAGGAAGGACGACUGGGUGAAGAAAGUUAUGUCGUAUAACGUACAGGGAACAAGACCCAGUGGCCGACCUAAAAAGACCUGGCAGGUGACCGUGGCAGCUGACAUGGAGGCACUCGGCAUCAACCACGAGAUGGCCAUGGACCGUUCCCGGUGGAAGAAGGCCAUAUCGAGAACCCAGUCCAACCCAGCGGCGCCUGGAAAGCGGACUUUAAACUGAUGAUGAUGAUGAUGACUCCUCCCUGGCCGGUCUCACUGAUGGUAGGGUGCUUGCUCCUAAUAACAGUACGUGUCUACCAAAUAUUACCUACCAAAUUCCUAUGGUCAUCUCCUCCUUCCGCGUGAAUACAUUUUCAAAUGUAAUGCCGGGCCUAGACAACACAAUCUUACUCACAUUUCGUUCAAAAUCCUUCGAUGGGUGUGAACUCUGAUAAACUGAUUAGACUCAAACUCGGUUUUAUGAAUAUUAGAUCUUUCCACACGAAAGACCUCAUUAGAGACCAUAAUCUUAACAUUUUUGGUCUUUGGGAGACCUGGUUAAACCCUAGUGAAUUGCUGGCGCUUAAUGAGGCCUUGCCUCCAAACUAUGUGAGCUCGCAUGUUGCGCAGCCUCGUAAGAAGGUUGGGAGUGUAGCCCUUAUCUCCAAUUCUGAUGUCAGACUUAGCCCUCGCUCGAUUAACAAUCAUAGAAAGUGGUUAUAAUUUUUGUACAAAACCUUUGUUGUUGAAGGCUGUAUCUUUUAUACAUUCUUUGAGAAAUGCAUGAAAAAAAAUCUCAAGAUACUACAGUGUUUUGUCCUAUUCACUUCAGUCUAUUUUAAAUUUGUUUCAAUACUUUUGCUCACCUAAGAAGUUGGUAUUUUGUUACAAAUACCUAGAAAUGAAAGCAUAAUAGUUUAUCUUGUAAUUCAUAUUUUGAUGUCAGAUUCAUCAGAUGUUUUCAGUCUACAGCAAAACUAAGUGGACAAGCCUCACUUCACUGUACAAAUACUGUAUGAUAAAUCACACCAUUACCCCGCUGUCCCCACGACCACCCCGCCACAGCCAUACACGUAUAGUCUCACAAAAACACAUAGGUGAAGAUUGCUAUUUAGAAAUUAAAGAGUUUUAUAUUGUCUUCAAAAUAGAAGCAGCAAUUAGAGAAAUAAUAACAGAAAUGUCUAAUUACAAAUAGCAAAGUAACAGUAAUUAAAGAGAUGAGUUAAGAACUUUACACUAUACAACUAUUAUUCUGAGGGAGGCCAGCACUUCAGUAUACACUUAUGGCAAUGGAUGGAAUUUUCAUUUUUUUUUUAAAUAUAUUGUCCUGUAAGUGUAGUGCUUAAGCACAGUCCACAUGUUAACAAAUCAUAAAACGUGAAAAGUUGAAGUGAUGAAGCCACAAAUUGGUUUGCAUUCUUGUUGUAAUCUGAUUUAUGACUUAAUGACUUAAGUUUAUGCCACACUCAUUUGGAGUUUUGGGAAGUUGUCGUAGUGAACCCUUAAAAGAUUGCAGGUGUUAAGAAAACGACUUUAAUGAAGGAGAUAUGUAAACUGUCUUUCAUAUUAUGUUAUGGUUCAUUCACGUUUAUUUUUAAUGUUAGCCUAACCUAUAAAAGCAAACAUUUUUGUAUAUUAAAUCCUGUGAUGUUUAUUGUAAAAUAGAUUAAUUUAUUGUUUGUUUACAUGGGAAGAGAGUCUUGAAAAAAAUAAUAUUAAACUGCAAUUUCUUUUUAUUGUUCAGCCAAAUAUUAGAAUUUGAUGAAUAAAUACAAUACCAAUAAUUUUCUGUACCUUUUCAGCCUGAGCCUCCAGUGACUUCAAGUUGUUGGUGACAUUUUUCAAUUCUUCCUCAAGAUCACCUGAUUUACUGAGCAAUGAUGGAAAGAGGAAAACAAGAGGGGAGAAAAAGAGUAACUAGAAAAGUAGGACAGUAAAGGAGAACAAAGAUUGAUCCAAAAUACUGGAAUUUCCACUGAAUAGUGUGCUUAUAAUUUUGUAUAAAACUCACAAAAAAGUUCACAUUAAAGCAAAUGGGUGAUGAAGGGUUUGAUACGAAAACAUAUCGGAUAUACAAUAUCUAAAUCCAACAUUCUAUACACAAUUUAGUACGUUUUCCUUUUUUCAUGUUCCCAUGGAGACUUUUGUCAAAUGGGUUACUGCUGCACUAUUGUAUGAUAAAACCAAAAUGGAUGAAGAAACAACAAAUACAUUGCAAUAAAAUCAUUGCAUCAGAAAAAGUUGCUUAAAAAAUAAGCAACCUUUUCUGUCUUUUUGGUGCUGGUAACUUCAGUUAACAACACAUACUUUGUGAACGUGUAAAUUAUUUAUAAAUUGAGUUUAACUAAAAGUUUCCCUAAAAAGUGAAGAGCGACCUAAUAUAGAUUAGAACAAAUGUUUAAAUAUUUUGACUUUUUCUCAAAUAGUCUAGGGUAUAAAACCACUUCAAUUGAAAUCCAUAAAAGUUGUACAUAUCUUCAUAGAAUAAGAUCACCCAUCCUACUUAAAAGAUGAAUGAAAAUUCCAGACAUAAUCAUGCGUGCAGGAUAGAAGGAGGAAUGAGAACAGUGUUGAGAUGGCAGGUUUUAGGAGGAGAGGCCAACAGCUCAAAAUGAAAACCAUGGCAGCAGUAGCACAAUAAAUACCUCUUCCUCUCCGCACAUCAUGAAUUUCAAAUUCUGGUCCAUUAACCCGAACUCCUCCUCCAGCUCCCUCACUCGCCUGCAGGGGUUAGUCCAUAGCCAGGUGGUUUGGUAGAGGGGGAGGGAGGGGGAGCAAAACAUCCCACACAGGUGAUGGUGGUGGUGUCGUGAUCCACAGGGAAACGUAAAUAUUUGUCUCCAUGUCAUUAAUAUGUGUGUUAUACCCUGCCACAUGUGAUUCACACAUCUAUAAAAGCCCGCAGCAAGGAAAAAGCACUUGCAAUUGAUGAUCGUUCAUGAAAUGAUACAAAUGGACGUGCAAUGAAAUAACUCACAUGAAUAACUAUUCAAAAAUGGGUUUUAGACACUUGGGCCCUAUUUUUAGGAGUGGCACAAAUUCAGGGCGGCGGCUGGCGCAAGUGUGAGCCAGAAGCGACCAGUGUUGGUAAUUUUGUGGACAAAAGUACAGGAGGAGUUCCAAAUGGGCUGUGUUUACAGCUGAUUUAAGUCACCACUAAGUUAUCAGUCAAUCGGCUUCCUUUAAAAGGGGGACAACUCACAGUUUAAAUGGAGAUAUCUGUGUGGAAGAAGACGAUGCGUAUUGUCACUGUUCAUAGUUACGGGGUGGCAACAGUGAGCAGAUAAGAAGAAUGAGUUGAUAACCGCUGGUAACUUAAAUAUGUCAGUGGAACUCAGUGCUUUUCUGCCUGCACAAAUCCACAAAUCAAAUCAGCUAGCAUUUGUGCACUGCUGCAGAUGCACUGUUUACUGCUUUUCCAUUAUGUACUAACAUACCAAAUGUCAACAAGAAUAUUCAGUUGGAUCUGGAAAUUGUCACUAGUUCGUCCCAUGUGCUCAUCGUACGGAUGACAUGAUCUUUACUAUGACAUGAAUAAUGAAUGAUAGUUUUUGUGUCAGUUUUGCUUUUUUAUGGCACAAGUGUGUGGCGGCUGUGGCUCAGGCAGUAGAGCGGGUCGUUUAGUAACCGGUGGGUUGGCAGCUCUGUCACAGUCACAUGCCGUUGUGUCCUUGGGCAAGACACUUCACACACCUUGCCUCCAGGUUGCCAUUGUAAAUGAGAAAAUGUUCUCAGUUGGCUUACCUGGUAAAACAUUGAAUAAAAAAAAUAUAUAUAAGGGUUUACUUACGCCUCGGCCACCUCAGCACGCUCCUCUGAACGCUCCAGGUCGCCCUCAAGAAUCACAAGUUUACGUGCGACCUGCAGACAUGUACAAUACACACGUGAAGAGUCACAACACGAUUCCUAACUGAAAACAAAAUGUUAAUGUAAAGUUCUGCCUUGAGAUUCAUACUAACUUCAGAUCAUAAACAUAAUGUGUCAUUCCCCUAAUGUGAGUACACAACAUACUCUGGAUUUAGAAACAGUGGAUUUGGCACAUAAGUGACAAUGCCAAUAAAGAGGGGAUGUGUCUCACCUCU